AUGUUAAAUUUUUUUAUUUUAUUUUUAUUGAUAGUAAAUCAUUGUUAUUCGUUAACAUUGGGUAUCACAACUGAAAAAUCAUGCGGAUGUUACGAUGCAUGUACAAAAAAUUUUACAAAUAAUUCUGUUAAAGAUUUGCAAAAAAUAGAAGCUUGUCAAAGAGGUUGCAGGUUUUAUUUACUGAUACUUCAUACUUCACAUGAAAAAAAUACAGUAAAAAAUUUUACAAAUGCUAAAUACGGUUGCCAUCUUUGUAAUUACAAUAAUCCAGCAGAAAUUUCUCCAUGCAAUUUCGGUUGUGCUGCAUUAGAAACGGCAAGGACUUUAUGUACUUCUGGCGAUAAACCUUUGGCUCAAGUUAGUUAUUCACUUGUUAUUGAAGAAUCUGAUGUACUGAUACAUCCAGAUCCAGAUGAUGUUCUCACAGAUCCUGGUCUUCGUAAACAAUUUGAAAAAACAUUAGAAGCUCUUCUCGAUGCUAAACAAAAACUACCUGAAAUACAUUUCAGAAAUUUACCUAUAAAAAAUAAAGAAGCCAUUACUGAAUAUUCACACAUACAUUUUAAAUGUCCAAGAUUUUACGGUCUCGAUUCGAAAUUUGAAUUUCGCAAUGGUAAAGUCGUUGUAGGAGAUAUUUACCUAUUCGGUGGAGUUUUCCUUUUCGUACUCGUUUGUUUUCUUCUCGGUCAUUAUUUCGAAUCGAAAGCUUUCGUGAAAUCGAAUCCAGAUAAUUCUACGGGAGAUUUAAAUAAAUCUAAAAUUGAUAGAUACGAUGAAACGGAACCUUUUCUCAAAGUCGACAUUGACGAUCAAAUCGAUUUACUCAUAGAAAAACAUUUGCAACCUGGUUAUUAUUAUCGUUCUAAAUUUAACCGUCAACCUUAUCCCCCGCCUCCACCUCCUCCCCCACCACCGCCACAUAAAUCUAAUUUUAACGAUGUGAAUUUGGGUUAUCACGAUAAUGGAAAAUAUAAAUCUCCUCCACCAUAUGAAAAUUAUCCAGAAAUGUAA